AUGUCUCGAGACUUCCAGCUCUUCACAUCAUUGCGCCAUGAUGAUGGGCUUCGACAGGUCCCUACGCAUGGUCCUCAAAACGCUGGAUGGAACCACCGUCUUGAGUCACCCUACUACAUACUCGAUUACCAUCGCGACCGCAUGCUCAGAGCUGCCACCCACUGGGCCUGGCCAGAUGCCAUUCAGGUCCUGGAUGGUGAGGCUGGGCUAGAGCGCCUUGCCUCCUUUCUGGAUACCUCCCUGGCCGAUCACAGGUAUACGGCCCGUGUCAAGAUCCUUCUUGCUCAAGAUGGCCGGCUUGCAUGCGAGAAGGGACCUGCUGCACCGGUGCCUCUGUCCAACCUCUUCCCCAGUCGGCUGCCCGCGCCUGACGCAGAGGUUGCUGCGGGCGAUCCCAGCAAAAACCUCGUGUACAAGGUUGUGCCUGACACGGCUCUGACGUCCAAGUCGGAAUACACACAUUUCAAGACAACAGAGCGCGCUGUCUACGAUGACGCGCGGAGUCGCGCGGGCAUCCAGCUGACCGAUACCACGGAAGUUCUGGUAGUCAAUAAGACUGACGGUUCCAUCAUGGAGGGCAGCCUGACAACCCCUUAUUUCUUCAGAAACGGCCAGUGGGUGACCCCUCCUGUACCCCAGAAAUUCAGCUGGGAGUCUGGCAGUGGAGGCCAGGAUGGCACAACACGCAGAUGGGCUCUCGAACGGUAA